GAGCUGAACAUACUCAAAGCAUGACUUUAAGCAAUUUAUGUGUGACUACUUUAGUAUGUUUCUAUAAUAGGGAUUUGUAUUACUUUUGUAGAUUUUCUGCUAUUUCAAUUCCAGUUCAAACAAACAUUUCGAUACCCGUGAGGAUAACAAUUUGAUGAGAGAUGGAUGGAUUUAAAAUCCAGAACCACAACAAUUUGUUGUAUGCAUUCAUUUGUGCAGAUUAUAUGUUCUUUGGAUAGUUUACUCCUAUCCCGACUAAAUAUUAGAAAAAAUCUAUUCUACAUAAAUAAUAUUGGGCAUUUACACAAUCGCGCAACGCGCGUGUAAAGGUUUGAACUUUAGGCUCAGUUGAAGGAUCUGAAGACGGAGUUCGCUUCACUCUGAGUCACCAAGGUCAGCACCCCCCCCCCCCCCCCCCCCAAUAAGCUCUCCAAGACUAAGGUGGUGAGGAUGUCAAUUGCUCAAGUGUUGAAUAUGAUUUUCCAAACACAUAAAGUGUCACUAAGGACAGCUUACAAGAACCAGAAGUAUUUCCCCUCAAUCUACGUCCUAAGAAGACCAGAGCCAUCCGUAGAUGCCUCACUAAGCACCAGGAGGAAAAGCGAGACAUUAAUUAAAGAUUCCCAAACUUUGCUAGAUGAUGGGUAUGGGUGGAGAAAAUAUGGACAAAAAACUAUCCUUCAUUCCCUAUAUCCAAGGCAUUACUACAGGUGCACCCACAAAUUCGACCAGAAUUGCCAAGCAACCAAACAGGUGCAAAGGAUUCAGGAGAGCCCUCCCCACUACCGCACCACAUACAUAGGCAAUCAUACGUGUACAGAAUUCCUAAAAUACCCCCCGGUUAUCAACCAUCCUACCUCAUACAUGGACUCCUCAACCCUAGACUGUCUAGGACAAAACGGUCAAAGUGACCAGGGCGAGCCCCUUUCUCCUCUUACAAAACAGUUGCCUGAGGGUUUGUACCAGGCACAUAACAAUCAUCUGAAAUCGACAUUUGGAUUAGUGUCUUGCCAUAUGCGGCCUGCAAUGUCUUCAGGGUCGGGAUACAGAGAAUUGAUAUCUUCUGGGUGCACCUAUGAUUUGACUACGCCACAUAUCAUGGCCACUGCUGAUAUGGAUGAAUUGACUUUCGAAAAUUUGCAGGAACUGUGCUAGCCCCACCCCCACACAUUUUACAUGUCGGUGGAUGUAAUUCAACCGGUAGAUAAUGAGUGGCAUAAGGGGUGAACUUGGAUUCGAUUCUUGGCAACUAGAGGUUUCUAUGUCAAGCUAUAUAGGGCCUCUGCAAGUAUAUGAGUCAGAGUCUCACUCACGAUCUGUCAUGAUUAAAGUUCAAUUUACAUCAUCCGAGUUAACUGUCCGUCUUGUGCUGUAAGACCUUCACGGAUGGAGUGUCAUCCUUUUUUUGUAAGUUAUAUACUCCGUACAUGUCUACUAUUGAUCUUAUAACUUUGAUUACUUAGAGAUCAAAUUUUGCAACAAUUUUGUCCACGCUAAUGGGUUUUUCAUUGGAGCAGACUGUUUCCGAUAGAAAACUUAUUGCCUGCGGCGGCAUUUCAGAUCAAAUUUUUGCUGGAAAUUGUAUGUUCCGAUGUGAAAUCACUUAAUGUGGACAAAUUCAUUAGUUAUAAGACAUGAUCUCUAUGUAAACAAAGUUAUGACACUAGUAACAGACACAAACAAGUUACGAAAUUAAUUAAAUACUAUCGGGUAUUCUCUCA